ACCCAGGAAGUUUGACUGCUUCCGGGGCACACAGAAAAUAAACGUUUAGCUUAAUGCUACUUUGCCUGAAGCUAAUGAAAUGCACAUAUUUCAGGCGUGAGCAAUGAGAAAAGGCAUACGUUCUGUCUUAAACUCGUAUUUUUAAGGUUUGCGGGGGGAACGCUCUGUAACCGAGUGUCACAGAUGUGGCUAAUGUUGGACGUCUUUCGACUGUAGUUUUCUUACCGCUUUCCUGCUGCUGCCUACGCACACUGAGAAACAUGAGUGAUCCACGCACCCCAGGAAUGUCCUCCGUCCCCCAGGCAGCCCCGGUGCACACUGACUCCACGUCUCCGGCAGUAGAGAUGGAGCCCGUGGAGUACACCCUGAGGAAGCGCCUCCCCCGGAAGCUCCCAAAGAGACGGAAUGACGUCUACGUCAACAUGAAGACUGAUUUCCGGGCUCAGCUGGCACGCUGUCAGAAGCUGCUGGAAGGCGGGGGUCACAGGGAGAUCUGUGUCCACGGCCUGGGCCUGGCCAUCAACAGAGCCAUCAACAUCGCCCUCCAGCUGCAGGCCAGCAGCCAGGGGGUGCUGCAGCUGGCAGCCAACACCUCCACCGUGGAGCUGGUGGACGACCUGGAGCCUGAAGAUCCAGACGAGGCCGGCGAGCACCUGACGCGUACACGCAACAACUCAGCCAUUCAUAUCAAGGUUUUCUACCCUGACCCCCAGUGACCGGAGUAGAGGUGUGUUCAGCAGCGUUCUCCAUGAGUCUUUAAGUCCUAUUUGUUCCCUCAUGAACCAGUAGAGAGAUAUAACACUGUUGUCUGUGUGUGGAGAUAUUUGAGGACAGCAGCAGAGGACUGCAGAAUGGAGCAGGAUGCUCCGAUUGGGACAACUUUAGUUGACUAAAUACAUUAAGCUCUUGUUGUCAAUUGCAAAUUGUUGUUUUGUAUUUACUUUGCAUGUGUUGAGGCAUCAAUGGUGAUUACCACCUCAAUUUAAUGUAAUACUUGUAGAUAUAGCUGUGCCAAAUGUACAAGUGUCUUUCAUUUCAAGGUCCAAUUAAGGGUCUAUAAAAAGGUUUACAGUUCCAUGUCUUUAUGUUUAAAAGAUACAAAUACUUAGAAAACCUGAGAAAUCCUGAGUUUAAAGUAUGUGAUGUUGCAAUUCAUGUCCACUAGAUGUCAGUAGUCUAUCUAUUUAAAUGUUAUUGAACUGCAGGUGGUGUCCAUGUUCAGAAUGAAUAGGUAAAGGACAGUUUUCAGUAAGAGGCUGACCAUGUGUUUGAUUUCUUGAAAAAUAAUAUAACUUGCUGAAUGUUAUCUUUAACGCUCUGUGGGUCAGGAUCAAAUGAAUGCCAGUCAUUGAAAAACAAUAUUGUCAACUCUGCUGACCUGAAGAUAAAGAUAAUGAAUGAAAUGGA